AUGGCAACUAUUCUACCCAGGAUCAACUCUGGGAUUCAAGCCGAACACAUGCCUAGAUUCAUAACUCUUUGGAAGUCCAACGCGAAUAAGACCAGAACAGAGAUUACGCCGCCUCCCUCGCAAAGCUAUAUAAACCCCGACUGUUGCGCGGUAGGGCUCCCUCCUUCUGUUUCCCCCAUCGCGAUACUCAUCAACUGCUCACGCGAUCAUUUGCAAAUACUUCUCGACUACGAUCUUCAAAAUCUGCAAAAAUCAAAACAACUGAGGAGCACGCCAUUCGCUCCUUCCUCGAAAAUGUGCACAACUCACAUUUGCCUGCGGCAGUGUGUUCGAUGCGAGGGAUGGUGCGAACGUGAUGUGAUGUUCCAUUGCAAAGAUGUCCUAAAAAAGGCCAAGGACGAAAACAAACCCCCAACGCAUAAAGGUUGUCCUAAUUGGAUAAAGUUUGACAAGAAAUUUGAGUGUGGUGGUAUGGUGUGCAAGGGUUGCGAGAAUAAACCCCCGCCUGGACCGACUGAGAGGAACUAUCCCCCCGACGAGGAGGAAGGAAAAGAGGGUGAGGGUGAGGGUGAGGGUGAGGAUGAGGAUGAGGACGAGGACGAGGAUGAGGACGAGGAUGAGGAUAUGGACGAGGACGAGGGUGAGGGUGAGGAUUGCGAACAACCUAAGCUUUUCGGUUUUUUGGAGCAUUAUGAGGCUUACUUGGCUGCCAAGGCUGCCGAGGACAAAGAGAAUUAA